AUGUUGAACCUUCGUCAGAUAUUCGAAUUGAAACACGUUGGGAAUAUUCUUGAAAGUGUUAAUGUCCCAUCAUUAGGUGGCCAUGCUCUUCGUUUUUCAAUUGGUGCUGAUGAUCGACAAGUGAUACAACCACCAGCUAGUUCAACAGUACCUUGUACUGGUCUAUCUGUAUAUAAUCUUUUUAAAGAAUUAGGAAUUGAUCAUGUUGUUACUAUAUUUUGUGCUGCAUUGUCAGAUAUAAAAAAUUUAUUCUUUUCAAGAAGUGUUUGGAAAUUAACUGAAGCUUGUAAAGCUGUUGAAUCUCUUUUAUUUCCACUUAAAUAUUGUUAUAAAUUUAUUCCCGUGCUUCCAUUUAAUUUAAUUGAAGUACUUGAUGCACCAACACCUUUUAUUAUUGGUGUUCAUUCAGAUCAAAAAUUACAAGCAUUAGCAAAUAUUCUUAAACCUGAUAUUCAUACAGUUGAUUUAGCAUUUCCAUUAAAUGGUCGAAUGAGUUUAAAAACAGAUAGUGGAAGUCAAAUUGUUGCUGAUUAUCCAAAACAUAAAGAUGAAACAAAUCAAGAAAAACAAAUUCGUGCGAUUUUUAUUCGACUUUUUUCAGAAUUAUUUGCUGGUUACCGUUCUUGCUUAUUAAUUAUUCGAAUUAAUACAAAACCAGUUAUUUCAUUUCAUGAAGUAAUUUUAAACUUUUUUAUGAUGAUUUUCAAUGAAAUCUUUUUUUUUCUAACUGCAAGUUUUCUUGGUCAUCAUCGAUUAGUUAAUGAUGAAUUUAUGUUACGUGUAAUUGAUUCAAUGGCAUUUCAUAAAUUUAUUGAAGAACGUGGUCCACCUUUUCGAUCAUGUGAUAUAUUUGAUGAAGUUUAUGCAUCAAUUUAUGAUUAA